ACUCCCUUCCUUCUUCCUUCAGCUUCAUAUACUGAGAAUGACAUUAUAAGGGUUGAAGCUUUUGGAACAGAUGCUGGAAGAUGUUAGCUGUGGAUACAGGGGUUGUGGAGGAGUGGUUGUCAGAAUUCAAGACACUGCCAGAAGCAUCCAUAUCCAGCUAUGCUGCAAACUUGAAAGACAAGAGCGCUUUGAUUUCAUCUCUUUACAAAGUAAUUCAGAAUCCACAGAGUGAACUUCUAGAGCCAGUUUGCCAUCAGCUCUUUGAGUUCUAUCGCAGUGGUGAGGAACAAUUGUUACGAUUUACGCUGCAGUUUCUGCCGGAACUGAUCUGGUGCUAUCUUGCUGUCUCAGCCAGCAGAGAUUUGCACAGCAGUGGAUGCAUAGAGGCUCUUCUCCUAGGAAUUUAUAAUUUGGAGAUAGUUGACAAAGAGGGACAUAGCAAAGUGCUGAGUUUCACAAUUCCGUCUUUGUCCAAGCCUUCAGUCUAUCAUGAACCUUCCAGCAUUGGUUCAAUGGCUCUCACCGAAGGAGCUUUAUCACAGCAUGGUUUGUCCAGGGUUGUAUACAGUGGACCUCAUCCUCAGAGGGAGAUGUUAACAGCACAGAACAGGUUUGAAGUGCUGACUUUCCUUCUACUCUGUUACAAUGCUGCCUUAAGCUACAUGCCUGCAGUUUCUCUUCAGUCGUUGUGUCAAAUUUGUUCAAGAAUUUGUGUCUGUGGAUAUCCUCGCCAAAAAGUGAGAAAGUACAACGGAGUCAACAGUAGGAUUCCAGUUUCAUCUGAGUUCAUGGUGCAAAUGCUAACAGGGAUUUAUUAUGCCUUUUAUAAUGGAGAAUGGGAUCUGGCUCGUAAAGCUAUGGAUGACAUUUUGUAUAGAGCACAGCUGGAACUGUAUCCAGAACCUCUGCUGGUUGCUAAUGCAAUAAAAGCUUCACUGCCUCAGGGCACCAUGAAAUCUAGUAAAGAAGGUACAAGAUGCAUUCAGGUUGAAAUUACACCUACUUCAUCCAGGAUAUCAAGAAAUGCUGUGACUAGCAUGUCUAUCCGAGGGCACAGAUGGAAAAGACAUGGUAACACUGAUGUAGCAAAUGAAGAAGAUCUGAUAGAAGUAUCUGAAACUGAUGAAGGGUUUUACUCUAGGGCUACUUCUAGUACAAGUCAGUCUGCCCUAUCUACCAGCAGUAACACGAGCAAUAAGAACAUUUUAGGGAAGAGCCAGCGAAGGUCUGGAGGAAGCAAAGCUGGAGGAAAAGAAAAAGAAGGAGAAACCUGCAGAGAACACUUGUCACGAAAACAAACUCAGAGAGCCAUGAGUGAGAAUCUAGAGCUUGUCUCUUUGAAGAGAUUGACACUGACAACUAGCCAGUCCCUGCCUAAACCUGGCAGCCAUAGUCUGGCCAGAACGACCACUACUGUGUUUAGUAAAUCCUUUGAACAGAUUCUCAAGUAUCAGGCACAAAGCUACUAAUUGAAAUGUUGCUGUCAUCAAUAUUUUUAUUAUUUUGAGGGAAGAGAUGUGCUUAUGUAACAGUAUUAUGCAGGAAAUAAGGUAUGAGCCCUUUGCACUGAACCAAGCAAAUCAGGAAUGUGAAUAUGUUUAACAUAAACUACUUACUUGAGACUAAGAGAAUACUACCAAAGGAUGUGUACUUUCAAUAACUUGCAAGCACAAAGGGGGAAAUUACAGUGUAAAUAUAACUAGCACUGCCAUUGCUAGGUUUUUGUAUCUAGGUUUUUUCUAGUUUGAAAUGCUAAAACAGCAGCUUGUUCAAGGUUACCUAACCUUUAACCUUUCAUUGGUUUGGUGACAUUUUUUGAUACCAACUUUUAAUUUUAAUUAAAAAUGGACAUUAAAACUGCUUAUGCAGAAAUUUGGAGAAGCAAUAGCUGACAAAACCACUCCAGUAACAGUGUUUAGCUGAUAAACAGACAAUAUAUUAUUAUGAGUGGAGAAAUAGGAUGAAGAUGGAAGGCAUAGUUAUUCCCAGCUGUCCAGAUUCCUGCAGCUAGUGAUUCCUUAUUGUCAAGAAACUUGUAACAGAACAAACACUAAAAUUUUGGAGGACUUUCCUAUUUGCCUGGAGAUAAGUUUAGAUAACCCUGUUUUGACUUAAACUGAAGCACAAUUUUUUAGCAGUUAUUCAGGUUUAUAGUAAUUAAUAAGAUGGUUAAUGAAAUUAGGAGACAUAGUUGAUAGAGACAAGUUGUAUAAUUUUACUACUUAGAUUGCAGACCAGGUGUGCACAUUUCUUCAUAUUCACCAAAGUAUGUGGAAUAGCUUAUCAGCCUGCACAUGUUUAUCUUCACUUGUGAGCUGGAGUUUAAAUUAAUAUGUCACACUUGUUAUGUUCUUCAGUUUCUUGUGUGACAGGUCUAUUCUAGUAGUUCCACCAUUUUACAGUGGAGUUCUUAAGUGUACAUGAAGACUUAACAUUCCUAAUGCAUAAGCCACAAGAUUGUCUUACUUAGUGUUUAAUACUUAGACCAGUGAAAUAAUCUGGUUCUUUGCAGCUGUAUGUGUUUGUUAUUGUAAAUACUUUGUACAGCAGAAAAAAUUUUCUCUUUUUUUUACCAGUUUUUCUGCAAUACAUAUUGAACAGCACAUUUUUUUCAGAUUGACUUCAUACGGGUGGCUGCUGGACCACUGCUGCAUAACCACAGGCAGCAGAAGGGGGUUGGGCAGCUGGUAGCAGACAUUGGCUGGC